GUUUCAAAGCCAAGAGCAGACGUUGACGGGAGUGUGGGGGGCUGGCGGAGACUGGCGGUGCUGGUCCCUUUAAGGGGGAGGGUCGACUCAGAUGUCUUUGUGUUGCUGCGGCGCGGACGCUAUUGUCAUUUGAGUUGCUGCGGUGUGUGUGAACAUCAGUGAACCACAGAUAAACGGCGGAACUCUUAAACUCACGACCCACUCCGGGAGAGAAAGAAACAAAGCAGGGUUGCUUAGAAAAAUAAAUUCUACGACUCCCUGAAUCAAAAUCCCGAGUGAAAAUUUAACUUGAAUGAACAAUUCAAAAGAUUACAUUUUCAGACAGAAUUCAAUCCAACUUCGCCAACUGGAUCCCAGCUCUCGAAGAUGAGGUUGCUGCUCCUCCUGAGUUUUCUUGGUUUCAGGCCAGACAUUAGCUUCUACGCAAGCUCGGUGACUUCAAUCACCCCAACUACCCAGAGCAACAGAUCCAGCUCAACGGACGGUAAAGAAAUUACAAACGAGGAAACCAAAAAUAUGUUUCCUACUAUGCCUACUUCGAACACACAGAACAUGUCAGUAAUGUCUACGCAACCAUUGACAAGUACAAAGCUCCCCACUGCUUCAAGUCAAAUUACUAAUCUCUCAACUUCACAAGCCAAAGUGACUGGAGCUUCCACAGCUGUGGAUGGAAUGACAACAAGCAGCAAUUUUUCAAGUACAGCAUCAGUCACUCCCAGCCAGAAUUUACAGGAUGCAACAGAUAGGAACGUGAGCAAGAGCAAACCUACAACUACCCCAGAGAGUAAUACCUCUCAAAAUUGCUCAACUUCCCCAAAUACAGCAACCUCACCUACAGAAGGGUAUAGUACAUCACCGGAGAUGAGCACAGCAGGGACUGUACAGAUGACAACGUCUACUCAAACACAAGUGCUAACUACAACUGAGAGCAUGAAGGGAAAUACAACGAGCGGUACAACUAAUGACACACAGAACACUACAGCAGUUGUCACCACGGGCAAAAAGGAAAAUACACAGAAACGUAAUGGAAGUGUUCCCAUUCUACCAAAGGUAAAAUGUAGGCAGGAAUCCAGUGAAGGACGACCUAUCAUGAAAAUAGAAAAAGGUUUCACCUGCGAAAACUUUGUGAAUGAAAAAGGAAAGGAUCUGGCCAAGAAGGCCUGCUCUAUGUUGGCCACGAAAAUAAAUCUGUCAGCGUUCGAUACAUGUGAGGUCCAGUUGAGCUCCAGCAAAGAACAGCUGCUUGUCAACGUCUAUUAUAAAGUUAAAAAUGAUCAGAUGGACGAAAUUCUGCCUGAACUGAAGAAAAUAAUAGGAAAAAUGGAAGAGGAUCGGAACGACAGCAUGGAGCUGAAGAAACUCAUAGCCAUGGUGGUUACUGGCUCGUUGCUACUGCUUAUAUUCCUGUCUGCGAUCGUGUACUGGUGCUGCCAGCACAGGUCCAAGCAGAAGGAUCCGUACCUGACAGAAGAGCUGCGCACGGUGGACAAUGGUUGCCAUGACAACCCAGCCAUGGACAUCACUGAGAGGGAUUCAGAGAUGGAGGAGAAGAACUACUGCAAAGCAACCUUCCUGGAAAACACAGAUGGCUGGAUAGUGCCCAUGGACACACACAUCAAGGAUGAGCUGGAGGAAGAAGACACCCAUUUAUAAAGCAUUGGAAACAUAAUCUAUUGUUAUCUGCGGCUCAAUGCACAUCUGUAUGAUUGCUUCAAAUAUGUAUCCAUAUAUACUGCCAGCAAGGACUGAACUCAAACUGUAAAUUUCACAUUCCACCUCCUUGAAGCCAUAUUCUCUCUAGAUGCUAUUUAGAAAUGUUACAGGGUAUUUUCAAGCUUGUCAUGAUUACCUGAGAAAUAGAAAGGCUAAGUCCUAUGCUCCUGUUCCUGUGUUCAAUAAGAAUCUGGCCAAUUCUCUGCCUCAUCUGCUUUCCUUCCUCUUUCCCUAUAUCAUCCAAAAACUGUCUCAAUCCUGAACAUUUGAACAGCCAUUAAGACUUGUUGGCUGAGAAUUCCAAAGUCUCACAAACCCAAGUGAGGAGAUCAAAGUUCCAAAUGGUCAAGCUCCUUUUCCUAAGUCCGUAGGCCCUGGUUAUAGAAUCAGCAAGGAAACAAUGUCACAUGACAGCUGUCUGAGACAUUGGUAAGAUCACACCUGAAGUGUUGUGUGGAGCUUUAGUUUCCUGUCUAUAGGAAAAUUGUAAUUAGGCUAGAAGGGGGGGCAGAAAAGACUUAAGAAUAUAAUCAGGAUUCGAGGACUUUAGUGACGAGAGAUUUGAUAGAUUGGGUCCAUUUUCUCUGGAGUGCAGCAGGCUGACAGAUGACUUUAGAGACAUUUAUAAGAUCAUGAGGGCCAUAGCUAAGGUACUUGAUCAGUCGUUAUACCAGUGGAAUGAGUCUAAAACUAGAGACCACAGGUUUAAGAUGAGAGGGGACCUGAGGAGCAACCUUUUUCCACAGACAGUGGCGGCAAUAGGAACAUCCCAUCAGAGGAAGGGGAAGAGGAGAAUAGAAUUGCAUUUAAAUUACUUUGGAGAGGUACACGGACAGGAAACAGAGGAGAGUGAGCCAAAGACAGCAAAGUGGGAGUUGUUCAAGUGGCAAGACAAGUUGAUCGGUGUGGAUGAGUUGCGUCAGAAGGCCUGACGCUUGUCAAUGCCACUCCUCGGAGUACGGAGCGGAGCCACUUUCUAUUUGAGGUCCACUGGCGUUCUUCCUGAAAAUAAAGUUAACCUGAACACAAAAAAAUAAAUGACUGGACAAUAUGGUGGGGUAGUUGUUGAUGGCAGGCGGGAGGAGGAAACAGGAAUACUCCAGCCCAGUUACUAUAAUCAAAAACAAGCUCAGAAUCCUCAUUCUAGUUCUGUGCAAAUCAUUGGCUAUCACAGUCAGUCACUGAUGAGGUUGUACAUUAGAGACCGCAGUGUAAUCAUUUAUUUUACAUUUACAGUAUUAAAAGCAAGGCUGGGGCAUUGUUAGCAACCAUGUAACUGUCAAGCACAUCUGUACAACUGAAGGGGUAAAUGUAGUUUCAUUAACUGAGAGAAUAUGGCUUCAAAACAUAAAUGUGUACUUUCAGCAGUUGUUUAUUUCAGGCAAACUACCUGAACAUCAACAUAAUGGAAAGAUGUAUGGAGCAGCAUGAUGACCAUCUAUACCAAGCAAUUCCUUGAGGGGUUCUUUGCUAACACAAAUAAACACCAGUCCCUUUCUCAAGGCAAAUCUUCCAGUACCUUGGCAGCCACUAGAUAGGGUUUCUUUGUUCCAACAGCACUGGUAUAUACCAGAGCAAAUACAAGCUGGCAAGAACUAUAGUUUUAUUACCUGAGAGACUCUAAAUGAUGCCUAACACUGGACAAUUAACAUUUAAAUGAAUUGUAAAGCAACCAACUGUUCAGAUUGUGUAAGAACUGUUACAAGCUGUGGAAUGAUUCUGCAUGUGAAUUCAAAUUUAACUUGCUCCCUCCAAGCAGUGUUCCAUCUCUACGACUAUGUCCCCACCCACCUCCAGUUCCUCCCUGUGGAAGUAGAGUAAGACCAUAAAACAUAGGAGCGGAAUUAGGCCACUUGGCUCAUUGAGUCUGCUCUGCCAUUUCAUGUCUGAUGCAAUUUUCCUCUCAGCCCCAAUCACCUGUCUUCUCCCCAUAUCUCUUCAUGCCCUCAAUCAAGAACCUAUCAAGCUCUGCCUUAAAUAUACAUUACAAAUUGGACUCCACAGCUGCCUGUGGUGACAAAUUCCAGAUUCACCACCCACUGGUUUAAGAAAUUCUUCAUCUCUGUUCUAAAAGGAUGUCCCUCUGAGAUUGUGUCCUCUGGUCUUAUACUACCUCCACCAUAGGAAACAUCCUCUCCACGUCCACUCUAUCAAGGCCGCUCACCAUUCAAUAGGUUUCAAUGAGGUCAUCCCAUAUUCUUCUGAAUUCUACCCCCAAUCAAUUCUGGCCAACUCCUCUCUCAUACCUUUAUAAUUUCCUUUCCUCCACUGAAAUACUGAUACAUCUUACUUUAGCUUCUCCUCUUCAAAUUUCAGCGUGAAUUUGAUCAGAUGAUGAUCACCUACCCCUUAGGGUUCUUUUACCUUAAACUCUCUAAUCAAUUCUGGUUCAUUGCAUAACUCCCAAUCCAGAACAACUGAUCCUCCAGUGGGCUCAACCACAAACUGCUCUAAAAAGCCAUCUCAUAAGCACUCUAGAAAUUCUCCUUCCUGUAAUCCAGCAGCAACCUGAUUUUCCCAAUCUACCUACAUAUUUAAAUCCCCCAUGACAAUUGUAACAUUAGACACCAAAAGUUAAUGGAACCCCUUUUAUACAUUAAAUUUUUUAAAAAUUAAAAAUUCUACGUCUAGAACACAGUAACAGUUGAGCAGGGACCUAUGAAAUGAACAAGCCAAGAGAAGAUAGGCAAGAAGGAAAUGUGGGAUUAACGGGUUUGUAGUCAGCAGAUUGAAAUGUAUACAGAGGAAUUCAGAUGGUGUCCAAGAUAAAAAUAUGUCCAGUGGACCUAGAUGGAAGGUUAGAUGUAGAUUAGUGGGCAUAUGUGAAUCUUUUCCCUACCUUGCACUAUCUUUAACUCACUGCCCAGAAAGGGGAGGGAAAUAGAAAAACUCACUACAUAUAGAAUGUGCAUGGCUACAGAACAAGGAAAGAAAAGUGACAUUACGUUGCAUAGCUCACUUUGCUGCUGUCUUGGUCAAGGAGAUGAAAGUCUUGCUAUGAAUUUAUAACAGCACAAGUUUUAGUUUCCAUUAAAGUCUCUGCUCCAAAAUGGCCUGUGGCUUCAAGGACCAUUUGAGGAUUUGGGCGUAGAUUUAAAUGAGUGUUCAACAAUUCCUCAGCAUAUUGCUGGAGAGCAUCAGCUUUUUAAUGCACUGUCACAAUUGUCAAGAAAUCUCAAAGCACUUUCUGCAGCAGAGAAAGCAGGCAUCUAGUAUUCCCUUCUCAACACCAUCACCUAUCUAGGUGGAGGAUGGACUAGCCUUGGUGAUAACAUUGAAAGAGUAAUUGAGUUGGUCUAUAAGGCUUGGGUCAGGCUCAGAGACAAGGAUGGAGAACCUUUGUGCUGAAAAUAAUUCCCAUUGCAGGAGGAUCUGGACUAAAGUGUAAUUGAGACUACCCUAAUAUUUGGUGAGCAUUUAAGUGAAAUACUAUAGAUUAAUUUUCAAAGUAUUGUGUACCAAGGAUUGCUGAAUCUACAGAGCUCAACUGUUUUCUGGUGAAGUUCUAUAGCAAUAAUUAAAUACCAUAACUAUGUGACAAGUUACUGUAGUGAAUAAAAAGACAAAUUACUACUUUUCAGGCAAAUACAGAAUUAUUGCUCUAUUUUAAGGAGGAAGUCAUAUACCACUAUUUUGUUUAAUAGAUUGUGCGCGCACUUUCCCUUAAUGGGGAGCUGGCAGGUGCAAUGGUUGGCUUACAAACAGCAUAGGCUUCAGGAUCGAUAGCUGCCCUGUGCUGGAUAGAAUAUUCAGGCCCCAAAUAAGAACGCACACCAGAGGAAAGAAAACAUCCACCAAACCCCAAAAUUACCAUAAACCAUGGUCUUCAGUAGUGGAAACAGCAGAGUGGUUGCAACAAGGUGAGUACUGCAUAAGAGCCAAACACUGGGAAUAAACCUCCAAGCCAGUGUUAAAUAAUCAACUCAUAAACCCUGAAAUAUCAUCUUACAAGUUUGUUUUCAAUGCAAUGAUGUAAUAUGUUCAAACGGGACUUCUGUACACGUUAUUAGUAAUAGUUGUGUGAACACAAGUAAAACAUCCAAUAAAACAAAUUCUAAAUAACUUUAACCUCUAUUAUCUCUACAGUAAAUUUGAACUAUUUUGUUGGUUGUCCAAAAUCACGCACUUCAGCAACUUAUCAUUCCUCCUUUGGAAAUGAGGAACGUACAUUCAGGCAAUUCCGGGAUUUUAGGAGCUUAGAACAUAGGUCAAACAAUACCAAUUUUUAUUCCUAAAUCCUUUUUUGAUACUAUUGAUUCUAAAAUUUCUUCUUAUAUAUGGCAAAAUUAAAAUCCCAGAUUAAGUAAAAAAUACUUACAGAAAUCCAAGAAAGAGGGUGGUUUGGCAUUGCCUAACCUAAGAUUUUAUUAUUGGGCAAUUAAUAUUCGAUAUUUAGUAUCUUGGAUGCAAGAUUGGAAUACAACUCCAAGCCCAUAUUGGGUAAACCUUGAAGGCCACUCUGUACAAGGGUUUUCUUUAGCUUCCAUUUUAGGAACUUCACUUCCUUUUGUACUAUCUAAAUUGAAGAAACAAAUGUUUAACCCUGUAGUUAAACAUACAUUGCGAAUAUGGUUCCAAUUUUGUAAUUUUUUUGGCCUGAAUGAGUUUAUGUUAUCAAGUCCUAUUAUAUCUAAUUUCUUUUUUCAACCGUCAGUUAUGGACCAAGCCUUUUUGAUAUGGAAAACGAAAGGUAUAAUAUGUUUUCAUGACUUAUUUCUGGAUAACUGUUUCAUGUCUUUUGAACAGUUAUCUAAGAAAUUUGAUUUGCCUAGAUUCCAUUUUUUUUUAGAUACUUACAAAUAAGAAAUGUUUUAAACACUACGUUGCCUACCUUUCCGAUUUCAAAUCCUAUUGAUAUUACUGAUAAAAUUUUAGGUUUAAAUCCUUUUCAGAAGGGACUAAUAGCAAUUAUUUAUGAUAUAAUUAUGAAAUUACAGCCAGGUAUAUCUGAUAAAAUUAAAAAUGAAUGGGAAAGGGAACUUCAACUUUGUCUACCUAUAGAGAAAUGGGAAAAAAAAUUUCAAUUAGUUAGUACUUCUUCUAUAUGUGCUAAACAUACAUUAAUACAAUUUAAAGUAGUACAUAGAGCCCAUAUGUCCAAUGAUAAAUUAGCCCGUUUUUAUUCCCAUAUAAAUCCUACUUGUGAUAGAUGUCACUCUGAAGUGGCUUCUUUAACUCGUAUGUUUUGGUCCUGUCCUCUUUUGGAAAAAUAUUGGAAGGAUAUUUUUGAUAUUAUUUCAACAGUUUAUGUUUUGAUUUAAAACCCCAUCCUAUUACGGCAAUUUUUGGAUUGCCAAUAGUAGAACAUAGAUCUUUGUCUUCUUCAGCCUGUCGGAUGAUAGCAUUUGUUACUUUAAUGGCUAGAAGAUCUAUUUUGUUGAACUGGAAGGAAACCAAUCCUCCUACUACAUUCCAAUGGUUUUCUCAAACUAUUUAAAUUUAGAAAAAAUUAGAAGUGAUUUUUUUGAUCCUUCGGUUAAAUUUGAAGAAACUUGGAAACCUUUUAUGCAACAUUUUCAUAUGAUGUAGUUUGACCUUUCCAAAUUUUUUUUAACUUAAAUUAUAUGAAUAGAGGAGCGGAGUUGACAACAUUACGGAGCGUGUCUGAUUCAAGAUAUUGGCCUAGCCCUGUUUUGUUCUGUUUCCUUGUGAGGUUUUUUUUCCUUUUCUUUUGGGGGUUUUUCUUUGUUUAUAUAUAUAUAUAUUUUUCCUUUAUGACUAAUCUCAUUAUGAGUUUGGAAGUCUAUUAUACCUAUGUUACUUAAAAUCCUUUUUGUGUAUGCUUAUUAAGAUUAGUC